AUGUAUAACUUAAGCUGUUACAACCCUUCUUCCUUUACCCUUGUUGGAAUACCAGGACUGGAGAAGAUCCACAUCUGGAUUGGAAUUCCUUUCUGCAUCAUCUAUGUUGUGGCUAUUGUUGGCAACUGCAUACUCCUCUACCUCAUUGCAGUUGAGCAUAGCCUCCACGAGCCCAUGUUUUUUUUCCUCUCUAUGCUGGCCACCACAGACCUCGUCUUGUCUACUGCCACAGUGCCCAAGCUCCUCAGUAACCUGUGGCUUGGUUCUCAGGAAAUAACUUUCUCCGGCUGUCUCACUCAGAUGUUCUUCCUCCACUUCAGCUUUGUAGUGGACUCUGCCAUCCUGCUGGCGAUGGCAUUUGAUCGUUAUGUGGCCAUCUGCUUCCCUUUGAGGUAUAACACCAUCCUGACUCCAAAGGUGAUCAUCAAGCUUGUGGUGAGCAUUAUUGUUAGGAGCUUCUCUGUCAUACUUCCGGAUGUUUUUCUGCUGAAACGCUUGCCUUUCUGCAAAACAAGGGUCAUCCCACACACAUACUGUGAGCAUAUAGGAGUCGCUAGGCUUUCCUCUGCUGACAUUUCCAUCAACAUCUGGUAUGGAUUUGCUGUACCACUCAUGACUGUCAUCUCAGAUGUGAUCUUUAUUACAGUUUCCUAUGCCUUCAUCCUCCGUGCUGUCUUUCAGCUCUCAUCCCAGGGUGCCCGCCAAAAGGCCCUUAGCACCUGUGGAUCCCAUGUCUGUGUCAUCCUUAUGUUUUACACACCUGCUUUCUUCUCCAUUCUUGCCCAUCGCUUUGGACACAGUGUCCCUAGACAUGUGCUCAUCUUAUUCGCCAACCUAUAUGUGGCCAUCCCUCCUGCACUAAAUCCUAUUGUUUAUGGAGUAAAGACCAAGCAAAUUCAGGAAAAAUUUAUUCUCCUUUUCUCUUUGAAGAAGAAGAAAUGA